AAAAAAAAAGAAGGGAUCAGUGAAAUUUUCACACCGACCGACGGCAGGCGCUAUUUGGGUGCGUUUCGGUGAGGUUGAAGUUGUCCGCGCUCGCGUUCACGAAAUGCAGGACGUGCAGUGCGUGUAGGUCCCGGUCCUGCUUUGUGAGAGGAUUGUGGAGCGUGAGUGUUAUUACAUAAAAUAAUCGAGUCACAACGGGUGUCAGGUGCGUGAAAGGUAGAAUUGUCCUGCUUUUUUCCCCGACUGGCGAAACCCUACGAGUGUGUGUGUGUGUGUGUGUGCGUAUGUGCUUCUUGGGUGGGUGAGCUGUGGCUGAAUUUCCCACUGUGCUAAAGCAACGGCGCCUCCGGUUCUGGCACCGCCGUGUCCUAUGAGUGUGCGAAGAAGCGUUAAAUCGCAAAAGCUGCACUGGUGACCGUGUCACCCAUCUUCCCGGGCGGGAGCGUGUCUAGAGGUAGUUGUGUGUGUGUGUGUGUGAAGUGUGAAGAAAUUGUAGCAAAAAUAGUGGCCAGAAGAAGUUGCCAGCAAACCUUUUCAAAGAGAGCAAGCGGGUUUCGUACGAGUGCGGUUUUGGGAAGGAAAACAUCGCCAAAAUGCAGCCUCCACCACGAAAAGGCAAUUACACAAAGUUUCUGAAGAACCUUCACACGGAGCAGCUGGCCAAGCUAGCGCUCAAGAAUCAGAAUGAGUGCGAGCUGCUGGAGGACAUCCGGCAGUUUACGCUCAAGCGGUCCGCCAUCGAGAAGUCAUACAGCGAGGCCCUGCUCAAGAUAUCGUCCGCGUACCUGAACAAAAAGCAGGCAUGCAUACCGGAGAUCAAGAUGGACGGUGCGGAUGAGAAAUGGAACAUGUGGAGCGUGUGGCAAACGGUGCUGGAGGAGAACGAAAAGUUGGCCCGCGCUCGGCUUGCCGCCGUCGAGGUGUUCCAGCAGCAGAUCGCGGACGAGGCGAAGGUGCUCCGCAGCACCAAGCUGAACAGCAGCAAGCGCUGCAUCGAAAACCUUGCCGUGGUGCAGAAAGAGCUGCAAAACUCGGUCACCGACGUGGACAAGACGAAGAAGAUCUACUUCGACGAGGAGCACAGCGCACACGAUGUGCGCGACAAGGCGCGCGACAUCGAGGAGAAGCUGAAGAAGAAGAAGGGCUCCUUCUUCCAGUCGAUCACGUCGCUGCAGAAGAACAGUGCGCGCGUGACGUCGCGCAAGGAGCAGCUGGAGGAGAAGUCGACGGGCGCCCGCAACGACUACAUUCUCAGCCUGGCGGCGGCCAACGCGCACCAGAACCGGUACUUCACUAUCGACCUGCAGACGACGAUGGCGACGAUGGAGAACUACGUGUACGAGCGGGUGGCCGACUAUCUGGCACUGAUCGGCCGCACCGAGCUGCUGACCUGCUCGGCCACGCAGAACUCGUUCGGCAAGAUACGCGACCAGGCGCAGCAGCUGACGCGCGAGUACAACCUGCAGUGCUGCUAUCUGUACUAUCCGGUGCUGAAGCAGCACAUCCAGUACGAGUUCGAGCCGUGCGAUAACGAUCAGGUGCGCAAGAUUACGGCGGACCAUGAGUCGGCCGCCGACACGCUUAGCCGCGAGGGCAAGCGUUGGGCGGGUCGGGUGGCGCGCGAAAGCAACGUCAUCCGGGAGUGUGCGCGCAAGCUGGCGGUGUGUACGGCGCUCCGCGAGGCGGGCCACCGGACCGAUCCGAACGACCAGAAUGGGCCGGAUCUGGAGACGAAGAUUGAGGAGUUCCGCGAAAACAUACGCAAGUCGGAAAUUGCCAAGGCGAAGGCAGAGGCGCGGCUGGAGUGCCUGCGGAUCGGCGGCAUCAACGUGGACGAAUGGAUACAGGAGGCGGAAACGCUCAGCGUGCAGGAGAUGCCGCGCUCGGCCAGCUCACUGUCGAUGCGCACGGACGCGUCCGGUCAGGGGGAAAAUCCAAGCUCGGACUCAUUCUACGACAGCGACAAUGCGGAGCAGGAUCAGCCCGUCUCGGAGUCAUCGCCCGCACCGAAGCAACCGGAGCCCGCAUCGGACGAGUUUACGGCUGACAGCGAUGAUGAUGAGGAGUUUGGCGUAGAGCAGGAGCGGCAAAAGAUUGAACAGAUUUCCCACGGCUGGGACGAUCCGAUCCAGGUCGACUGGGGCGCGGAAGAGGCAGCAACGGCCGCGGCCAGCAGUCAGGUUGCGUCCCAGGAAUCUUCGACAGCCGCUGCACAGCCACGCGAACCGGCGGGCCAAACGUUCAAGUGCACUGCGCUGUACUCGUACACUGCCCAAAACCCGGACGAGCUAACCAUAGUCGAGAGCGAACAGCUCGAGGUGGUCGGCGAGGGCGAUGGGGAUGGGUGGCUGCGGGCACGCAACUACCGCGGCGAGGAAGGUUUCGUGCCGCACAACUAUCUCGACGUGGAGCGUGACACACCGGUCGAUACGCACACGCCUGCCCAGCUGUCGAGCCAGAUUUCGUUCUCGUCCGUGGACUACACGGUGGACAACGAGGAUCAGGAUCCGAUGCAGGACUCGGGCCAAUCGCCGGACCAGAUUUCGGUCAUAUCGGCCCCGCGCAAGGUCAACAAUCAGCUGUACUGUGUGGCGUUGUACGAUUACGAUGCGACCGCUGAGGAUGAGCUGACCUUCGAAGAGGGACAGAUUAUCAAACUCAUCACCAAGAGUCCUCACGGUGUGGACGAUGGUUGGUGGGAAGGCGAAUUGAUGGGCAAGAUCGGUAACUUCCCUUCGCUGGUGGUGGAAGAGUGCGACGAGAACGGUGAACCGCUGACCGAUGCUGAGGACGAAUCUCCGCCACCGUCGGCACCGCCAACGUUCGCUGCCCCGGCACCACCUCCGCCGAUGAUUCUGCAUGAAGCAACACCUCCCGAAGGUCAAAGUCCAAAUUUGACCAACGAGGGACCAGCAAUCGACAAGUUUGAGUUUGAGAUGAACAACGUUCAACACGAGCAGUAUGGAACUCAGUUCUCGGCCCCGCCACCAUCACAGCCUCCACCGGUUGUUAUCUGUGAGGAUCCGGAGGCCGAGGAGGCCGCUACCAUGGAGGAGGAAUCUCGACAAGGGGCUACCGCAUCAGUCGCGGCCGCAGCGGCACCAGCAGCAGCACCAGCAGCUACUGCUAGUGCCGGCGACAGCAACCAGCUCAACUUUGCGCAGAUCAUCGUCACCGCCGCUACCCCGAUGCACGAUGAGCCGGACAAGAAGUUCCUGCCGACGGAAGAGGCACCGACAGCGGACGACGCCGAGUCGGAGAUUGUGGAAAAGCAGGAGCAGGAAAAGCAGGAGAUAAGCGGCAAGCAGAAAUCUCACGAGCCCGAGGCGCCCGAGAAGCCACCGACGCCACCGACGGCACAGGAACCGGCGGCCAAACCGAAAUCCGCCCCGCCCAAGCCGGCCAAACCGCCGUCACCGCCCAAGCCGGAAAAGCCGGCCACCGCUCCGAAACCCACCAAUAUGGCCGGCAAGAGUCCCUCGGCCAAGAAGCCGGAACGGGUACGGCCAUCCGCGGUACCGGAGCCGGAGCCGGAGCCAGAGCAGGAGGCGGCGGCGGCCCCGAUUGAGGAUCCGGUCGCACCGUUCGGGGAUCCGGGCGCACCGUUCGAGACGAACUUUGAGGCAAACUUUGAGGCCGGGUUUGCGGCCAACUUUGAUGACGCGUUCGGGCAGUCGAGCAGUUCGCCCGAGGUGCCGAAGCAGGUGGUCGGGGGCCGGGCAAGCAUACCGGAGGAGCUGGAGCCGCAUCAGCUCGCAAGGCUGCAGAAUCUGAAGGAAUCGAACGCAUAAGGCGCCAGUGAGAGGAGGCGUAGAGUGGACGGUAUCAGUGCGCGCGGAGGUAUUGUGAGCAGGAGAGGGAACGUGCAGAAGGUGGGAGGACACACACACACACACACAAUUACACGAAGUGGUUAAUUGUUUACCGAUGCCGAUGCACUGUACAACGGCACCGUUCAAUACCGUUCUGUGGACGUCAGUGGAGAGCCGCGGCUAUGCAAAUCAAAACUACAAUCUGCUGCAACAAUCAUAAUACGUAGGGUAUUUUGUGCAAAACUCAAUGGUUCAUGGCAAACGGGGGCCAUGUUCGAUUGUGAGAGAUUCAUUUUUAAUCGUUGUAUGUGUGAGUGUGUUUGUGUGAAUUGGAACGGUCGUCCAAAUGGGGGUUUUCGUUGUUGCUGUAAGUCAUUGUCAUUGUCAUUGUCGUUGUCGUGUCAGGUAUACCGAUGUUAGGAGAACGUCGUCCAACGGGAUAUUUAGUGUACUAAUCAAGAUCAAAGCUGCUAAUACAUUUAGAUCCCAAACAAAUAGCAUCACCAUUACCACCACUACCACUACUUUGCUGUCUGAUAAGCGUCAGACGGAUGGUUAGGCUUCCUUUGCGACGUGGACGAUGGGGGUUUGCCUUUGUGAUAAUAAUGCAUUUAAAGUGGUGCCGUCCCGCUUGCUUCCAGCGGACGACCAAAUUCGACCAAUCUACUAAGAAAACUAUGAUAUACCGUAUCUUUUCCCCCUCUAUUCUACCAAUAUGGUAUGGUUAAAACGCGACACGAAAGCUCAUUGCCGUAGCGUAGUGUCGUAAAAAGAUUGAAAUAAUUCGCACAUUUUUCCCCAGCUGAUCUACCCGGCCGGAGCGGACUUUUUCCCUACAUAGUUAAACAUAUCACAAUGGAGACCAUUCGUUGCGUUGUUUUAUUUGAAAGGUAACGACCAAAAUCAUGCCCAUACUCUCACUAAUCUCUCUCUCUCUCUCUACUGCACCUUACACCCGUCCCGAUUGUGUAGAUUCGAUUCCACCGCGAAUCUCCCGACAGCUGCACUCUUCCAUUCUGCCCAGGCUCUUGCAAUGUGUAUAGUAGAUUCCUUCCUUGUGCGUUUUCAUGCAGAGAUAAAGUAAACCCUAUUGCCUACUAUAUCGCGUUAUCCUAUUACGAAUUAAUUAGGUUUGAAGUAAAACAAAGCUCGAUGUCGUCGUGGGGGUCGCUAGUGGGGUGGACACACAGGAAGAGUCACCCGAAGUCAUGCACACACGCACCGACUUACGAUUGUAAGAUUUUAGACUACUUAAAGCCUCUUAGUUCGUGAAAAAAAGGGCAAAACUAUACUCAUUAGUCAAAUUCCACACGAAACUCACCGGAACAGCAUCACAGUGUUGCCGUCAUGUAUUAGCGCGCGUGUGUGUUCAUGUCUGAUGGAAACACAAUCCUCUAAGCAUUAUAUUGCCGAACGUACAAUAAUUACUCGAUCUACAAUUCACGGGUAGGAAGAGAUGGUCGCAAGCAGACCGCCCAUUACACCACCAUUACCUUUCAUAUACAUACAUAUAUAACUGUAUCUAUAGUUUGCGUUGCGCUUAGAUAACCGAAUGUUGUUCAUGCUUCGAUGUUUCGUUCGGCAAACGAACACACCAACCGUUUUGUAUUGGUUCUAGGAGCGCAUUUAACGUUGGAAGAAGGUAACUAAAAAGCAAGCGUAAGCCGCAGAUGAGUUUCAUUGCACCAGCAAUCAGCUGUGUGGCUAAAGCGACAAAGUUUAAGAAAAAAACAGAGUAUUAUUUACUACUACUAGGCUAUCCUAUUGCAAUACCAAAAAAAAAAAAACAUAUUCCAAUGCAUUGUUCUAGUGCACACUAGUGACACAGUAUCUAUGUACUGGUAGGUUCUUUACUGAGAUACAUAAAAACAAAACAAAAACCAUACACAAUCGUAUCGUAAUGCUGACAUUGGGAGCAUUUGGUCAAGGGUCCCCCAUAUACCAUUUAGAGGCAUUUAGUGCGACUCGCAUGCUCUGCAACACAACAUGCCUGCGCGGUAGAAACGUAAAGAAAAGGCCUUUCCAAUAAGAUUCUAAUAAUACGCACUACAAUCUAAAGCAAACGUUAUGAUUUACCUUGAUACGCGUUGAAUGUAGAAAACUCCUGUUCUAACACCACCCAACACUAAUCAGCCUUCAUACUCUGGUAGCGGUUAAAUUAACUCUCAUGGCUUCAAAACCCAUCGACGCUCUGUGUGGAAAAGCGAGAAACCCUGGCGAGAGAGACAUCCCUUUACGCGCACAAAACCACGCUUGCGCCCGGUACUGUAAGAUACUAGUAGAAGCAACCGUUAAAGGAACAAAUCACGUAAAAAACACCCUCCCUGCAGAAACAGUUAGCAUGUUGCGUCAAAGUUAACCAAGCGCUUGGCAAAGGCUCACGUUACAUUGGAUAUUCUUAUAGCAAAGCCAUCAUCAUAUCGUGAGGUUAUACGCUUGGUUCGCCUUCAAGAAGUUGCAGCAGUAAGCAGCAGUGACAGAAAGGGUUACACUAGGUUAAGCCUGGUUUGAUGUUUAGUUCGCGUGCAUAGACUAAGAACAUACCGAUUGUGGCAGCUCCAAAGAGUGUCCCAUAGCAAACGAAGUGCCACUUGGUUGUGUUGGUCAGCUGCGGCGUACUUGCGAAGGGAAUGCAAAGAAGUAAUGCUAUGAAAUGCUUGAAUAAUAAUGCCACGAAGGGCGUGAGGUACGCGUCAAUAGCACCACUAUUCGAACGAUUCCUGUAUAAAAUUGGAAGCAUCUCUUCCUCUCUUGGCAGCCUCUCUAGAUAACGCCCUUACUACCCGCUAUUGAAUUGAAACCAGAACCGAAAGGAUCGCAUUAAACGAAACAAUUAUACAUAUAUAUAGCCCCUCGUACAUAAAAGAUACAUAUACAUACUAUCUACCACAUCCCCGUCGUAUUCACCAUUUACACACGUGACCUGUCGGAACGAAACAAACGUAAACAUUUCGAAUGCGAUCAACAGACAAGCAAGAAUCACAUCUACACGAAACCACAGUACAGAAAUACUGUUAUCUGUUUUUUUUUCUCCGCAAUUUCUUCGAGGUCCUUCCAGACUCGAAGUGAGUUAUCGAAAAUAGAGCAAUUCUACGAGCCUUCACAGGUCCGACCGUAGCACAAGUGGGGGACCGACGGGCAGGCAAAAGAACGAUACAACAUAAUAAGAGAUGAGAAGAAGAAGAAGAAGAAUAAGCGAACGCCGCAUAACUAGCACGUGUCAUUUAAGCCCAACACACCACACACACACCCACCCCAUUAUGUACAUCCAUUUGUAGCAAUAAUAAUAAGUAGGUAAUGUGUUUUUGGCGCAAUUGCGCUCCCGUUCACGCAUGUACAUGAUCCCCCGUCUCUUCCCCUUUAUCCAUAAAUGGGGCGGCAAUUGGACUUGAACCUGACAACCUCUAGCGUUCCGUUCUGUAAGCAAUUGUAAGCAAUUAAACCCAAAAGCGUAAAGUAUGUAUCCAUGCGCAUAGCAACGCGGAACAAGAGUGGAAGGGAAAAGUCAUACUUCCUAGCAAGGAACGCUCUCCGCCUAGGGAUUCGAACGCCAAUGGAUGUGCAAAUCAAGUAGGCUGGGAGGAACAGGUAUGCUGUCUCGUGUGCGUGCGAUUCUAGUGCAAUGAAACCAGUUAAGUUUACUUUCCUGUGUUGACUAUUUCCUCUUAUUGCGAUUAUGGUUGUACUUUAAUUCUAACGGUCAAAUAAAUCUAUGAGAAUGCUAAACGGA